AAUUUUUCAUCAUAAAUUCUUCUCUCUUAUUUUUGCUUUUAAAUUCCCCCCCAAAAAAAAAAUCCAAAAAAUGGGGAACAGUCUAGGAGGAAAAAAAACAACAAAAGUGAUGAAAAUCGAUGGACAAACGAUGAAAUUCAAAACCCCAAUUUAUGCAAACGAGGUUCUGAAAAAUUAUCCAUCGAUGGUACUAUUAGAAUCAGAAGAAGUAAAGCAUUACGGGGUGCGAGCAAAACCACUAGAGCCUCAACAAGAGUUAAAGUCUAAAAGGCUUUAUUUUCUCGUUGAAUUACCUAAAUUCCCCCAAGAGAACAAAAAGAGCACUAGAAGGGUCCGUUCCGCGAUCCAAAUGAGCGCUAAGGAUCGUCUAGAGACACUUAUGUUAGCGCGGAGAUCCACGUCUGACUUGUCAAUCAUGAAGCCAGCUAGUAUUGUGACUGAAGAGUGUUCGGCUUAUCAUAAUAAUAAUAAUAAUAAUGAUAAUAAUAAUAACUCUGCUUCAGAUGUACUCAAUAGUGGUGGGCCGUCUCAGGCCCACCCUACGAGACUGAAGUUGAGGUUAUCGAAAGCGGAGGUGGAGAAAUUGAUGAUGGAGAGCAAAGAUGAGAAUGAGGUGGCUGAGAAAAUUAUGAAACUUUGCAUGAAUAACAACAAUUGUGGAACAAGUCAUAAUAAUGGAGGAGCAAUAAAGAAAGGACUCAAAUCAAGAGAGAAACGAGUAGGAUUUAUGCCAAUUACAGAAGGAGAGAUUCAAGUAGCAGUGGCUGCUUCUUAAACCAAUAAGAAUAAUAAUAGAAAUUAGAAAGAAAAAAAAAACAUUCAAUAGCUAGCGAUAAUAAUAAUAA